GCUAUGUCACGUUAUAGCAUGUUAUGUGCGUUAUUAUUAAGCUUGAUAGCAUGUUGUAAUUAGCAGCGUGUCUUCUAGUAACUUAACGUUAGCGUUACUCGGCCAGCCGUUUGGCUUAACUUGCCGUUAGUUGCUAAAGUCAGUUUAUCAGUGGCACUCUGGAAAACAACUGGUUAGCUUCGUUAGCUUACUAACGUUACCAGACAAGUUAGCAACACAACACCUGUAUGCGGUCUAGAAACAAUACAUAGUAGGGAUGGCAGAGGAGAGGAGCAGAGAGGACAUAGUUGCUGAGUAUCUGGGCCAGAACCCACAGCUGGCCCAAUGGGUCGACACUUUCAGGAGCUACUGUGAGAGCAACAAACAGUGGGAUGCUCGGAGAGAGUUCAUCCUGAGAAACAUGGAGGCUUUUCCCACGGUGGAGCCAGGAGUCCCCAGCAGCAGUCUGGACAGACUGAUCUCUCUCUCCAUGGUCUGGGCCAAUCAUGUUUUUCUCGGCUGCAGCUAUCCACAGGCUGUAAUGGAGAAGAUCAAGGAGAUGGGUGAGGGCAUAGUUGUCUUAGAUGCCCCAGUUCACAAGACAACAAAAGAUGGUGUCCUGGCCAGAGGAAAGCGGAAUGCCACAGCUGAGGUUGAUGCUGACAGCUGUGUCAAAAGAGCCAAAUGCGGACCUAAUGAGCUGGACAGUCGACCUGCGGGGAGGCAGAAAUCGGGACCUCUUCCACAGGCUCCAGCAGAGCACCAGCCCUUCUUCAACCGCCUCUACAAGGCGGUGGCCUGGAAGUUAGUGUCGGCAGGGGGCUUCGGUCCAAACUUGGACCAUUUUGAAAUACUUCGUAGCUGUGCAGAGUCCUGUAAAGAGACCCUGACCUGUGUGUUUGUGCCACUGAAGGACAUCGCUGGCCUCCCCGCGGGACGCACACAGAAGGAAGGCCACGUGUGUGAGAUUCGCUGUCAGACAGUUUACAUGGGGACUGGAUAUGGGCGUGAUGAGUCCGCGGCCAAAGCCAUGGCUUCGAAAGAGGCCCUCAAAGUCUUUCAGGGGCGAAAAGUGACAGUAAAGAUCUGCAGACGACGGUACAAAGGGAAAGACGUGGAGGAUUUGAUGCUGUUGGACGAACAGCCUCGGAGUCAGGGCUUUCCUCCCGCGCUCAGCUACCCUUUUCAGGACGAGCAGCCGGAAGAUGGUUCUUCAUAGAGAAGAGAAUUUGGGACGUUUGCCCUGCUGUGAUGCCUGUUGGAAACAUGGACACAUGACAUUUACUGAUUGGAGCUACUGAAGGAAUUUAUGACUGCGUCGGGACCAGGCUGUUAUGCAGCUGAACAUCAUAACUAGGCUAAUCAUUAAGUGGCACAAAGCAAAGCUAUCACGAUGCGUUUUCCACAAUACUUUGGUAUUACAAUACAGGUGGCACAUUGUUAGGCAAAUAUCUGGAAUAAAUCAGCUUAAACAAAAAAUCCUAAUUCUGUAUUGGCUACAUUUUUAACCCCUUUCAGUUUUACAGUUUUAUAAGAAAGCGAACAGUUUAACAAAGUGCAUGGAGUUGAAGCAUGUGCCACCAUUUAAAGUCAAGCAGCCAUAAACUGGCAAAAAGCUCAACUUGCGAAAGGGAACAGUUUUAAGGAAGGAUAAAAUGCUACCUUAGUAUUGUAGGAUAACAUAUUGCAUUAUUUUGAUGUAACUAUUUGUCCCAACAAAAUAGUAUUGGCCAUUAUGUCAGGAGUAGUGUGUAUUCCUCCCUUUGUUCAUUCCUGUUGUGACAGGUUUUGUUCUUGGGAUUUCGCUAGUGGAACUGGGUGCAGUCCAAAACAUGGUUAUAAACCUGACUUAGUCGCUUUGUGGUUUGUUUAGAUUCCAACUGCUUAGUUACGAGCAAAACAACCCCUAACUUUUUACAGUUUUGAUUACGCGUCACUUUGCCAGGGUUAGAUUUUGGCGGCAGGAUGCAAAUAAAACCAAAAUCGAAGACAGUAACUAACUUUUUUCUAGACAUGAUGGACUUGUCUUUAGUGUUCAUAUCAGUUAGGAACACAAAAAUAGCAUAAUAUGACUUAUAAAUCCAGAUUUUAUUUUGAUAUUGCUGUUUUUCAUCCAUAAAUGACUGUUAGAAGGCAACAUAUCUGCAUUUCUUUUUCUAAUUGUACCUAUUCAAAUUUUAGGAUUCUGGCUGGAACCGGUUGGGAUCGCAUUCUUAUGCAAUCCCGAUGUUAAAUUUUAUGGUGAAACCCAAAUUGAUUCUAUUUUCUUUUUCUUUAAAAAUGACAACAUGCUGAGUGUCUGCAAUCAGAUAAUGCUACACAUAAUGAACGUUUUAGUUUUUAUCACCAGAUGUUUAAGGAGAAGUUGAGGUGUACUUUACAGUUUUCUUCCUUCUUAAACACUCGGCCAACUACAGUACCCAUUAUACUGUACACAGAAAUAUUAAAGCUUACUGCUUUCAUUUUAAUUUCUUUAUUUAACUUCACGGAUAAAAAAACAACAACAACCACACAAUGAAAUGAUGAAAACAUAAGACAAAUCUCUUUGAACACAGUUUGAUGAAGUGCGUUCAGUUCUGAUGUGUUUGAGGGCAAAGUGCUGCCGUGGUGUGUGAUUUCUUUUUCCAUUUUCCGUUGAAGGUGAACAGGGUGGCCUUGAAGUGUGAGUGUCUGUACUGCUCCACGUUACUGUGUGCUUACACCAGUGGUCCUGUUUCUAUAUAUUGUUUAAAUAAAGAUAAUUUAACC